AAAUUUAAAAUUGUUAUGGAGUUGUUUCAUGAAUUCUAUCGGUAGUAGUUAUAUCGAUAUAUAUCCGAGUAAUAAACCGCAGUUAGCUAGUACUUCCCCCACGAAUAUCGAUGAAAGCGUUGAUAGAUACACCACGGUCACCACUAGUUAACGCGCCAGGAAUUUGUUUUGGUUUAUUUCGUUUUGUUUUGCUAAUUUUAGCUUGUAACGUAAUUUGUUCAAUAUGUUUAGAAAUCGAAAGAAACGUCAGCAGAAGCCUCUUAACACCAUCGAUGAAAAUACCACCAUUAAAAUGGCACGCCAGGCGGAGACGACGACGAAUAUUUCCGUGGAUUCCAUAUCUGGCGAAAGCGAAGAGAACAUACCCGCAUCGCAAGAGCACACACAGCGCUUCCUGUCGCAGCACAGUGCGAUUUUGGCUGCCACUCUGGGUCGCACCCAGUCGUCCAGUCGGAACAUCGCCACACUCUCCCGUCAGCCCAACAACUUUUUUGAACUGGUCCUGAUCCGAGCCGGUGUCCAGUUGGACCAGGGUGACAGCCUGAUCUUGGCCUGUGAUCAUGUUUCUAUAGUAUCUAAACUGCGUGAAAUCUUCUUGAGUGCCCCGUCGUAUACCGAUAAGAUGGAAACCUUUAAGUCGGGUCUAAAUGCAGCCAUGGCGCCCGGCUCCAAGUUGGUGCAGAAGCUCCUAACUGGCUGCACCGUAGACGCUGCUGGUGAGGAGCAGAUCUAUCAGUCACAGAACAGCAUGUUUAUGAACUUCCUGAUGAUCGAUUUCUUGCGAGAACCCUGCGUGGAUGUGCUGCUGAACAAGAUUGAAGAGGUAGCCACUGCGGAUCGUGUUCUUUUAGGAAGGGCAACCAUACCUUUGCCAUUGCUGCCCUUGAUGCUAACCCAAUUGCGCUACUUGACCGUCUCGCACAAGGUUGAGAUCUACAGCCGCAUCGAGAGCAUAUUCAACAGGGCCACGGAAUCGGCCAAGCUGGACAUCAUAGCCAACGCUGAGUUGAUACUGGACGCCAGUAUGCACGACGAGUUUGUCGAACUUCUUAGCAUUAACUAUUCCAGUACUGAAGACCUAUUUCACAUGACUACAGUGCAAACCCUGAGUGGUUUAUCGCUUUCAGAGAAAACGCAGGCUAAGUUACGACUGCGCAUUUUGGAGUUUGCCACAAGUGGCCACUGUCCUGAUGCGACCUUGCCGCAUCUCAUAAGGCUUCUGCUUAACAUUCUUAAAAUGGACACAGAUGAAAGUGUGCGCGAUUUGAUAGGUAGCCUGCGGGAAAUCUUUAAUUGGCGCCACACACUGGAUAGGACGGAGAACUCAGCAAAGACCGACGAUAAGAAGUCUCAGCUAGAACUUUUUGGCUUUAUAGAACUUGGCUUAAUACGCUCUAAAAGAUUUUAUCAGGCGUGCCAAAGAUCAGCUGCUAGUUUGUCAGCCGAAGGCUUUACCUCCUUUGACUUGAUUGUUCUUCUCUUGUUGAUUCACGUUAAUGAAGACAACUCCUUGUACAUUGAAAAUAUUCUUCGUCGGCGAAUUAAACUGGAGCAUAUUACUGUAGGCAUUUUGGAGGACAUAAAAAUGCAUUAUAAGCACAUCCUAGAGCAACAUAUAACCACACUGAUGAACAUCCUUCAUGACUUUAUGAGAGAGAAAAAUAGAAUUGUAUCCGAUUUUGCUAAGUCUUCCUACAGCAUUCUUUUUAAGAUUUUUAAAUCAAUUCAAAAAAAUAUUCUUAAGAAACUGCUGGAACUCACCUGUGACAAAUCAUCACAACACUUGACCACAAUGGCACUCGAAUUACUUCGUGAACUGCAGCGCAAAAGUGCCAAGGAUGUUCAAAAUUGUGCGACUCUUCUCAUUCCAAUGCUGGACAGGAUAAGUGAUCUAACGCUUACACAAACACGCAUUGCCAUGGACCUGCUGUGCCAUGUCGCCUUUCCAGAUCCCAAACUAUCGCCCUGCUCUCAGCUCCAAGAGCAAGUAGAUAUGGUGGUGAAAAAGCAGCUAAUCAAUUCCACGGACAUCAUAAAAAAACAGGGUAUAAUUGGCUGCACCCAGCUGAUCGAUGCAAUGGCCCGCGUUGAAAGCGAUGUAGCAGGGCUUGAUGAUUCCAUGUUCAGCGUGGAAAAUGUAGAUUCGCUUCCCGAAGGUCGAGGAAAAUUGGCCGCCAACUUGAUCAUUCGCACCGAGGCAUCUAUAGGAAAUAGUGCUGAGUCUUUGUCUCUAUUCUAUGAGGAACUUGCAACGGUUUUCAAUCAACGAAAUGAGAUAGCUUCCGUCUGUGACUUGGAUAACCAUUUCAUAGCCUGGCUCUGUGACUUAGUGACCUUUCGCUUUCAGACUAGCUUCGUCACAGAGGAUGUUCCGGAAACGAUAAAGGGCAUUAAGCUGGAAUACCAACUGAACAUUAAUGAGUUGGAUGACACAAAUGCAAAUACCGAGUCAGAUGUCCUCAGCAUAGGCAUCAAUAUUUCCAAACUGGUUUUGGCACCCAAAUCCAAAGCUUGCGAUUCUAUUUUUGUUCUAGCACCCUUGUUCAACUGUGUUAGGGUACUAUAUAAACACCGCCACCAAGACAGCCUGGAGAAUAUCAAUGCUUUGCUAGGCUGUGCCAUUGUUUUGCCCUCAUUCUUUGAGAAUGAUAACUAUUUGGCCGUUUUUGACAACUUUGAGGCCGAGCAGCAAAAGGAUAUUUUGAGCAUUUAUUUCCACACCGUCAACUGGAUGAGAGUGUCGAUCAGUGCAUUCGCAUCGCAACGGGAUCCGGGUACCAGGCGUCGUGUUCUUUCGAGACUCGGAGAAUUAAUACGCAUCGAACAGAGGAUUAAGCCACUUUUGGCUAAGGCACCCAUGGACUUCGUAGCUCCGCCAUACCAAUUCCUGACCAACACUAAGUAUUCAGUACCGAACCAGAAACGUCCAGGACCUAAAGCAGCUGCCAAGUUCAAUGCAACUGCCUCAGAUCCAGAACUGAGUGGUAACCAAACUUCAAUUGUUGACUUUACGAUUAAGGCUGGACCAGGCAAACCCAUUAAAUCAAAGAUCGACUUCGAGCAGAUGUAUGGGCCUCGGGAGAAGUACAGGCCAAUGGAAGUGGAAAUCAUAAUGCUGUUGGUUGAGCAGAAGUUUGUUCUUAAUCAUCAAUUGGAAAAGGAGCAAGUCGGAGAAUUCUUGGGACUUCUUGAGUUACGUUUCCUGCUGGAAGACACUGUCCAAAAACUCGAAGCAGCAGUCCUGCACCAGCAAGAUUCAACUGACACAGACAGUUUUAGGCCACACUUGGCCAAACCAGAUGAUUACAUUUGCGAUUUACUUCCCUGUUUACAUGAGGUGAACAAUCACCUAAUAACUCUGGCAGAAGCCAUUGACAAAGAGCUUACGAAUGUCAAUCAUGUUUACAGCAAUCUUGACCUUUUUAAGGAGCAAUUUAACUAUACUAAAACUUGCUUUGGGCUGUGCGUUCGCCUAUUUGCCUUGUACUUCGCCUGGAGCGAAUGGGGUGAUAAGUCGCAGGCUGAACUGCUCCACAGCUCUCUGCUAAAACUGCAACCAAAGGCACAGUGGAAAAAGUUGGAAAAACAAACUAUUCCCCAGCUGGCAACGCUGACUUUUCAAUACUUUUUAAAAUAUGAAAAAUCUGUUUUGAAUUUAAGUACAGCAGUCCAGCUUUACCGAUUGUUGAAGAGCUUGCUGAAGGUGGGAAGCACACAAAUGGACUCAAGCCAACCAAGAUUUCAGCAAGCCGAAGACUUACGGUUACUUUGUGGUAAGCUGAUACGUCGUAAAUGGUUUCACUACUCUGGAAGUUUGGACAAAGGUGGUCAGUGUAAUAUCUACUUGGACGAGCUGGUCAAGGGAUUCCUUAAAAAAUCAACUUGCGAAAGUCAAGCCGAACUUCUUAGUGAGCUGGUUAAGCAAUGCAGUAUUUUGAAUACUAAGGAUAAAGCCCUUGAUUCCUUUCCCAAUUUUAAAAAGGCUAACUUUCCUUUGCUGUUUCGUGGUCUGUGCGAGGAGUUAAUUCACUCACUAAGUGCCCAAGUCGGCGUGGACAAACGUGGUGAUAGACUAAAAUUGUGGGAGUCUACUGUGGAUUUGUUAAAUGGCUUGCUCAGCAUUGUGCAGCAGGUGGAGCAGCCUCGAAAUUUUGGACUGUUUCUGAAGCACUCUCUGCUAUUUCUGAAGUUGCUACUCCAGCAUGGCAUUUCUGCACUGGAAUCUAUUGUCCGGGAUGACCCCGAACGGCUGACAAGAUUUUUGCACGAACUGCAGAAGGUGACCCGGUUUCUGCACCAACUCUGCUGCCACUCUAAGUUCAUUAAGAAUACGGCUAUCAUCAGCUAUAUUCCCAGCUUAAGAGAAACGAUUGAAACGCUUGUUUUCCGGGUAAAAGCCCUUUUGGCUGCCAACAACUGUCAUUCUGCUUUUCAUAUGGGAAAUAUGAUAAACAGGGAUCUCCAUGGAGACUCUAUUAUAACGCCAAGAAGUUCUUUAGUUGGAGAGGAAAACAGUGACGAGGAAAUACCUGGAGACGAUACCAGUAUAGACGAAACUGUACUGGGAGAUGGAAUGGCUACCACUAGCGUUAGCGUCAGCACUAGGACGAGCGAUGGAAGCAGACGAAGCAAGUCUUCUUCUCGAAGCAAAUGCUUUUGAUUAACCUCAUUUUUCAACGAUUUUGAAAUAAAUUUUUUUGUUUUGACCAAAGUUCUGGUGUUUAAUUUGUUUUUCACCUAAAAUUGAGCAGACGACGAUCUUUGCAUUCUUUAUUUAUUUCAUUUUUUAUUAUCUGGAUGCAAUUUUAUUUAAUUUUCGUAUUACAAAUAAUAACAAAUGUAUGUAUAUCAAAUAUUUUAGUACAAUAUUCUUCUUUUCUCACUUUUAUUUUCUUCGUUAACAAUAAUUGUUUAUUAAGACGUAAAAGUUGUUCUCCCAUUUUUCUCACAUUCGGCCUUCCUCUACGAUGAAUUCUGAUUGUUUUAUAUUAUUUAAUUUCCAUUUGUUGUUGUUUUUAUCUCGUAAUAAUUGGCGACGUUACGUUCACGGUUUAUGAAUCCCUUUCAUACGUGUGGUAUGUUUGCAAUUGUUUUUGUGAUGUAUAUCAAUAGGUAGUUUAUAAAAGAGUUUAAUAAAAACAAAAUCAAUCAAUUAUAAAAUGGUUAUAUAUGUAAUUAAAAGAGCAAAGGAGGAAACACACACAAACUAUAAAUUUAAAAGUAAAACAAGAGCUGUCUAAGCAAAGUUAAUCCUAACGUGUGUGUAUGUUUGAAACAGAUAUUGUCCUCAUACAAAUCAUGUUUUUCGUUUGUUUUGUUUGUGUAUUUAAGAAGAAACAAUUUUGGAAACUAUCCAAAGGUAUCAGAUCCUUGCAUCCACUGCCACUGUCCUUAAAUCUUCCUUUAUAAACAGUUGCGCGUGCUUAAAGCCGAUUCUUGAAAUAUACAUGAAAAAGAUUUGGUUUUUGUUUGCUGAAAAGGUUUGAAGAGAUAAUUUGGAAUAGGUCGAAAUAUUUGUUGUAUAUUUCAAUUUACAAUACGAUCGUUUGUUUUUUGAUUUAUUAAUUUUUAUUGUUUUCUUUAUUUGCCAAUUUUUCAAAACUUAAAACAUUUUACACAAAUUAAUUUUAAAAAUUUUUAAUACGUACGCAGUCUGUUUAAAAGUAAAGUUAGAUUAUACACUCCUACGCCUACAUAUACAUUAUAUACUCAAAUAUAUAUAUUUAUAGAGAAAGAUAUAUAUUUUAUUGUAUAUAUAGAUUUAGUAAUUAUGAUUAAAUCUUGCCUUUGCAUCAUCACAAUUCAUGUAAAGUUUUUCAUUUUUUUCGCUCAGUUUCCAUGCGCAGUUUGCAAUUUUGUUGUCCACUUUGCUUUUCUUUCAUGAUUCCUUUCGACUUUAUUACUAUUUUUAUUUUUAUUUAUUCUGUUUCUGUUUCAGUAUUGUGUUUGCUUUUGCUUUUGCUUUUGCUUUUGUUGAAGGUUGAAAUUUACACACGUAUACAGUUAUUGUUAUUGUUGUUGUUGUUAUUAGAUCAAUGAUAAAUUUUGCUUGCGCUCCUCUUCACAAUACACAAAGAUUUUAAACCAAUUAAACAGCUAAACAAAUUAGUUCUUUAAGUAUUUAACAUUAGUUUUAGUUUUAUGUUAGAUCGUAAAAUAUUUUGCUAAAAAUUAAUAUUCAUAGUUUAAUAUAUAUAUAUAACAUACUAUUGAAAACUUAAGCGCACAAACAAAACUAAAUAUUCAAAUUAAAAACUAAUUUUGCCAAACGUUUUUGCUUUCCCGAAAUAUUAAAACAAAAAUUACAAAUUACAAUAUUUAACACAAUUAUAGGGGGUUGGUUGGGUUGUUGGAGGAGAGGGGUAAGGGGGCUUGGAGGAAAAUUUUAGGCUUCCAAAGAAAUGGUUUCUAAAUAACGGCACAUAAUUUUGGUAAAAAUUUCAUUCUCAACUUUUUUUUUUUUUUGAAUCGACGAAAUCGGUUAACUUUAACGGAUUGUGUAACAAUUUGCCAAUUGGUUUAUAGAUUUAGUUUAGUUUUUAGUUUACAAUAGAAAAAACACAUUAACAAUAAAAACUUACAAAUUAAAUUACAAAUUUAAAACAAUAUAAAAUCAGUACAGUUAUCGAAUUAAACAAAUUGUUAAAAUUAAUUAUAUUUAUAUAUUUGCAAUUUGAAUUGGGUUCAAGGGUAUUAAGUCACCAAAUGUGGAAAUUUCUAGGGCGAAAAAUCGAAAAUUUUGCAUGCAAAAAGACGCGGCGUUAUAGAAUUUUCAUAAUUCACUUCCUUAUCAAAUUAAUUUAUUUGUUGUGUUUGUGUGUGUUUAAAGAAAAAAAAAAUGAUUAAAGUUUUAAAAUGUUUUCUCCUCUUCUUUUUUUCGAAGGCAACA